GCUGUUAUGUACUUACUCUAAUUGCUCUAGAUUCACAAUUUUUAUCUUCAGCUUGCUUUAUACAUUGUUGAAUUUGGUGAUUCAAGGAGGCGCCGACUACUUCAUACUUAUUCCAAACUUGGACACAGAAGUACAUGCGAACUUCUCAUGCCACGGUUCUUCAAAGUUCGAUAAUAGAAGAAAUCAAGUUCUAAACACAUCAUUAUAUCAAAUCCUCAAGUAGAUUUAGACAACCGAACAUGACUCCCUCACUUCCAAACUCCUACUCAACCCUUCCUUUCCAACAUAUCUGCGUCUCUCACAUACCUGAGUCUUCGCCCACACCCACUCCGACCAUUUUGAUCACAUUAUAUCGACCAGGAAAACACAAUGCUUUCACAGACACUAUGGCCGAAGAUCUUGAAACAGUUUUCAAUCUUUUGUCACUUGAUCCUAGAGUGAAAUGUAUUGUCGUGACUGGCCACGGAAAGAUGUUUUGUGCUGGAGCGGAUUUGGAAGCCGGAUUGUCGUAUGAGAAUGAUACGGCAUUGACGCAUCGGGACGGUGGUGGGAAGGUAGCACUAGCUAUUCAUAGAUGUACGAAACCUACGAUUGCGGCUAUCAAUGGCUCGGCUGUUGGUGUUGGCAUAACCGUGACCCUCCCCACCUCUAUUCGUAUAGUUUCUUCUACAGCUAAAAUUGGAUUUGUGUUUGCCCGUCGUGGUAUCAUAAUGGAAGCAUGUUCCUCCUACUUCCUCCCCCGUCUUAUCGGCCUCUCCCGCGCUAUGCACCUCACGACAACUGGCUCAAUAUACCCAUCAACAUCCCCUCUUCUCUCGUCUCUCUUCUCCGAGAUCUUGCCACACGAACAAGUUCUUCCACGUGCGUUGGAACUCGCAAAUGACAUCGCUCAAAAUACAAGUGCGGUUUCAACUGCAGUUAUGAGAGAUCUGAUGUGGAAAGGGCCAGGAACGGCGGAAGAAACACAUCUUUUGGACAGUAAGGUUUUGUUGGAGUUAUUCAAAGCGGGGGAUAAGAAUGAGGGGAUUAAGAGCUUUAUGGAAAAAAGAAACCCUGACUUCAAGGACAAUAUGCAAGAGAAUGCACCAGGUGUCUGGCCAUGGUGGAAACCGGUUGAUACUAAACCUCCGACUACAAUUGAAGAAUUGACCCAGAAAUUGAAGACAACGGAGACGGAACUGGGUAAGCCUAAACUUUAAGUUUGCACUAUUGGCUUUUGCAUAGAUGAUAUAUAAGCUUCUCAGGACUGUUUGAACUAUGAACACCAACUCCUAGGAGCAAAAUGUGCGGGAAAAAAUGAAGACAACGACUAGUUUUGUUGGUAUCCAGUGAACCCCCCAUGAAAGUGUCCUGUGAGGUGAGAUAAAGUGCGGCGAAAGGUGAAGACAAGGGCAAGGGUGCAACACAGGGUUAGGCAGCUUAUCAGUGGGCAGGAGAAAAUAGGGAGUCAACGCUUCUGUGACUUAAUUAUGAAUCUCGACAUCGAUCCAAGUGUAUCUAUACAAUGGCGUGUUUCAAUAUACUGAACUCACUGCCCGUGUAGAAAGAAGAAUUAUGUCAAUCUACACGUUAAUCGAAAUUGUCUUUCUGUUGUAACUAGAAAGUCGCAGUGAGACAAAGCAAAAACCGAACUCGUUCAAACAUAUAACAAGUAAAUUGCGGCAAUCAGGAUUUGUUCA